AUGACAAUAUCAACCGAGGUUUUUCCGUCAGCUUCACCCGAAUUGCUCAGAUCUGAUCCUGCUACUUAUGAUAAUUUGGAAGAGAUUAUUACGAAUAAGAAUGGUCAAAUCCCGUUGCAUAAACGGUUUCGUGCCGUUUUUACUUUAAAAAAUAUUGCCGACGAGAAAAGUAUUGAUAUCCUUGCAAAAGCCUUCAAGGAUGAUUCUGCAUUACUCAAACACGAACUUGCUUAUGUAUUGGGACAAAUAAAAAACCCUUAUGCAAAUCCGGUGCUCAGUUCAGUAUUGGACGAUAAAACAGAAGACCCAAUGGUUCGUCACGAGGCGGCCGAGGCGCUUGGAGCUAUCGGAGAUCAAUCGUCGCUAAAUAUUCUAGAAAAACAUUUAUACGACGAACACGCCGUUGUCCGAGAAACAUGUGAAUUAGCCAUCGCAAAAAUUAAAUAUGAAAAUAGUAAAGAAGAUUUAGAAAGUAUAAAAAGUAUAUACACUUCGAUCGACCCUGCACCACCAAAUACAAAAAUUAAAUCAAUUCCGGAAUUACGUGACAUUCUUCUUGAUACAAAACUUCCUUUAUUUGAGCGAUACCGCGCAAUGUUCGCGUUACGCAACUUAGGUACCGUAGAAGCUGUCCUGGCCCUUGCUCAAGGUUUAGACGAUCCAUCUGCCUUAUUUAGGCAUGAGAUUGCUUAUGUAUUCGGACAAAUGCAAAAUCCCGCCAGUGUACCAGCCUUAAUUAAGACACUAGAGAACACGAGUGAAUUGUCUAUGGUUCGUCACGAAGCGGCCGAAGCAUUAGGAUCUAUAGCGACUCAAGAUUGUUUGCCAAUAUUAAAAAAAUUCAAGGAUGAUCAAGAAAGGGUCGUCAAGGAAAGUUGUGAAGUUGCAUUGGAUAUGUAUGACUAUGAAAAUUCUCGUGAACUACAAUAUGCUGAUGGAUUAGGAAACAAG